GGUUCGUUGGCCUACCCUGGAUCUGGGCAGAUGAUUGAUACGCGCGCUCAAACGGCUCAACCGUCUACCGCCAAUGUCGAAUUCCUUGCACAGGCCGCACCAAGAUCAAUGUUGACCCGAGGACCAAGGUUCACGCAAGCCGGAUCAUGCUGAAUGCAUCGAAUGUGUCGACCGUGUCUAUCAUGAUGGUACAACGAAGGACCGUUGAAAGACCGACUAUUUUCCUUCGUCUAUAGAGGAAGUGACCGUGAUGGCAACUCUAGCCUCCCAAUGCCCUUUCUUAUAAGACUUCUGGCCUCGGCACUGGGCGCCUCACCGAAUCUCGGACUCGUGACUAUACGAUUCUUAUCUCUAGUCCCACGUCCAGGGCCCGUCACGGUAUAGUGAGAGACUCAGAAGUGGUUUAUCAAUGGACAACAGUAGGAACUGUGUGUUUGACCCCAACCCAUUCAUUACCUCUCUGGAUCUCAAGUUGGCGCCUACCGUACACGAUGCCUGGAGACAUGCCCAAUCGCGAUGUGUUCUCGGAGAAUGUGUUCCCUGAUUUAUACGAAUCCGGAAUUUCCGACCUUCAGAAGGGGCUUGAGAAGGGGCAUUUUACGAGCGUUGAUCUCGUCAAGGCUUAUCUUGCAAGGAUUGAUGAGGUCAAUCUGAAGGGCGCAGCUCUCCAUGCGGUUAUCGAGACGAACCCGAGUGCGUUAUCUCAGGCCGCAGAACUUGAUGCCGAGCGCAAGUCCAAAGGGGGCAGAGGCCCACUGCACGGCAUACCUUUGCUACUGAAAGACAACAUCGCUACGCUGCAUGAAGAAGGGAUGAAUACUACCGCUGGCUCCUAUGCUCUCCUGGGUUCCGUCGUCCCCGGGGAUGCAUUCGUCGCAGCUAGGCUCCGCGAAGCCGGCGCCAUCCUUCUUGGCAAGGCGAAUCUCUCUGAAUGGGCAAACUAUCGUGGUAAGGUUCCAAACGGCUUCUCAGGUCGCGGAGGCCAGACUCUUUGCCCCUAUUACCCGAAUGGUGAUGCAUCUGGGUCGAGCUCUGGGAGUGGGGUUGCAAUGGCCAUCGGACUCGCUGCAGGUUCUCUGGGUUCAGAAACGGAUGGUUCUAUUGUUUCGCCAAGCAGCAAAAACAAUGUGGUGGGCAUUAAGCCCACUGUAGGGUUGGUUUCUCGAGCUGGAGUGAUACCUAUUUCAUCACAUCAAGAUACAACUGGGCCUAUGUGUCGGUCAGUUACAGAUGCAGCGCUUCUCCUCUCCGUUAUUGCAGGACCAGAUCCUCGAGACGAAGCCACGUUGCACCAACCUGGUAUUCUCCCUGACUACAUGAAAGCGCUUGAUCCAAACGCUCUGAAAGGCAAGCGGCUGGGAGUGCCGCGGAUGUUCUUCCGCGACGGUGAAGCGAUUCUGGAAGCCUUCAACGCUUCGUUAGACACCUUCCGGGCGCUCGGCGCAGAGAUCGUAGAUCCAGCUGAUUUCCCAUGUGCCGAGGAGAUGAAGGAGUCGCAAGCAGAAACGCUCGUGCUGAUGGCAGACUUCAAGGUUGAUGUGACGAAGUAUAUUUCGGGGUUACUCAAGGUCCCCACUGGCGUAAAGAACCUCGCGGAUUUGAUCGAGUUCAACAAGACCCAUGCGGAUUUAGAACUUAUACCACCAUACCACGACAAUCAGUCUAGGUUUAUCCAGGCUGAAGCAUCGGAACAGAAUGAUGCAUAUUAUGCAGCUCUAGCUGAAAAUUUCGAUUUAGGCCGGAGACGAGGUGUUGAUGCAACUCUUCAGAAAUUCAAAUUGGAUGCAAUCAUUCUUCCUACUGAUGGCCUAGCCUCAAAACCUGCCGCAAUUUCCGGGUACCCUAUAAUCUCAGUUCCGCUGGGCUUCCAGCCAGAUUCCGUUGAGGUAUUGCCAUUACCCGCUGCGCCACUGCACACACAAGCUCCAGGGCUUCCUUUUGGGAUAGCCUUUAUAGGCACCGCAUACAGCGAAUUCAAUCUCAUUAGCUUCGCUUAUGCGUUUGAGCAGGCUACGCAUGUCCGUUUGAAGAGGAGGGCCUACGCUGAAGCAAUUCCUACGACGCAGAUCAAGGACGUGCUUUCGACUUGAACGGAGAUGUAGAAGACUGGCGCGUACAACAGUACUACGUACAAUCCUUUUCUCAAGAUAGUUUCAUCGUGAUAUAGUGACAGGUCUUGGAUAUGUAUGCAUGUCGAAUGAACGCAGGGCAUCACAUCCGAGUCAGCGGCAGAACAAACCUAAAAGUAAGCGUAAACAUCA